AAUCCUCGUAUCCGUUUUCAGCGGAUAGUCAGUCGUAAAACAACCGCUCAGGCAGUGUCCGCGCUCCGCGAUGUACCGGCUCUCGUUUCUCGUUCUUGCCUGCAUUUCCGUUCUCGCAGACAUCGCAAUCGCAGCCUGCACCACCAGCAAAUACGAGGAAGGAUUAUAUGAGCACUUGAAAUGCUCCAACGUGACUCUGAACACCGUCGUGAACUACAACGCGUCGUCGGACAUAGGCGACAUUAUGGUCUUCAAGUCGCAGAUAGAGAAUAUCCCCGAGCGAUCGUUCGCGAGACACGGUAGGAGCCUGGUUUCUUUGAAUAUACAGGACUGCGGCAUCAGAACGAUCUCCGAUUAUGCCUUCGACAGUCUGUCGAGCUUGAAAAAGCUCAGUUUGCCGUACAACAAUAUAACGGAGCUGAGAGAUCAGUGGUUCGCCGGUAUGCCGUCUCUGGAGCAGCUGGAUCUCUCGUACAAUCUCAUCACGUCGAUCGAGCCGAUGGUCUUCCAGAGACUGCGAGGCCUCAGAAGGCUCGACGUCAGGCAGAACCGUUUGACGUGUUUGGAACCGGCCCAGCUCAUGCCGAUGGCGGGUCUCGAGAAGUUUCGCUUCUCCGGUAAUCCCCUCACCUUCCGAUGUCGUGGCACGUUGACAUUGUGGCUGCAUGAUCUGGGUAUCGUUUACAAGACUGGGCAACGCGGAGAAGAGGAUUGGCUGGACAGUUUGCUGUGGCUGUGCGCCGCGGAUGACAGCAAAGUGGCCGACUCCGAGAUUCUCAUGAAGGAAUGCGUCAUCUUUAAUCUGUUCAAUCAGCUCCGCACCAGUCUGACCACCUCUGAGUCUUAUCCCCUGGCCGUUUCGCAGGAUUGCGUGAACGCGAGAGAGCAGCUCACGAGGUGCGUCGCGGCGGGUCGUAGGAACUCCAAAGAAGUCGUCACUAACGGUCACGUCGUGAGAAAACUGUUGCGGCAGUUGAAGGAGUCCAAGUCGACGGUGUAGCGAGCACAUCAACAAUCUGACAAAUUAAUCGUGAUCUGCUGGCGAGAUGGUAUACUCUUCUGUAAUAAAUUGCUGAGCGCGAUCACGCGAGCGCGCAUUUUAUGCGAUUGUCGCAAUAAAUUACAAUUACACAAAUUGGAUAAACCGCCCCCGCGUCGACGAUAAUUUCACGCAAAUCCGUCGCGAUGUGCACUCGCGGAUCUCCACUAGAACAUUCCAGGAUCCGACUAGAGCGUAAUAUUGGUACGAAUAAUUAUCAAGCAAAGUGGUCGAGCAUUCUCUAAAGAUGAAGCAUCAUGGCAUGUGUUUUCCGCGUAACGCGUAACUGCGUAAUUAAUCAUGUGGUGGUUUCAUGGCACAUAGUUUUCGAAUAACGCUUCCGAUUGGUCACGCAAAUACAUGCCAUGAGACUUCAUCCUAAUUUCAAAAGCUCGUCUACAAUACGCGGAGUAAGCUUGAUGUAUAAGAAAUAAUUUAUUUCGUUUUACAACUCCCCUAUAACUCCCUUACACAACUUAGAAGUCUUUUUCUUAAGAGAAAUAGGAGAGAUCGAGUUCAGAUGAAAAAGAACCAACUAAUCUCUACCAAGAAGGCCAUUUUUUGUCAUUUUUAAAAUAAGUCUAAAAGAAGUGAUAGGCUAAUUUAGCCAACAGAUUUGAGCUUAGCAUGAAAAAGAUCGACUAAAAUUAAUUGUUACAUCUAAUAAAUUGAAAAAAAAACAAAUAUUUCAUAUGCCUAUGCUAGACUUUUUGUAUCCUUUAAUGCACGCUGAUAGCUAUAGUUUCCAAAACAUGUAAAAUGUCCAUUUAUAUAAAAAAAUAAAACAUCUAAAAUUA